CUCGGAGGCUGCUUUGCAUACGCAGCCCGGAGGCCGGAGCAGAGCGUUGCUGUUGUGAUACUCUAUCCACCUGUCAGCUGCUCCCGGCAGCCUCACAACAAUGGACAAGAAGAUAGCCAGAGAGUUCAGGCAUAAGGUUGAAAAAUGUAUCGACAACGAUGCAGAAAAAGAUUAUCUCUACGACGUACUCCGGAUGUACUACCAGUCCAUGAAUCUCCCCGUAUUCGUCGGAGAUCUAAAGCUCGUCAUCAGCGACCCAUCUCGCCUGCCUCUCUUUGAUGCCAUUCGCCCUCUCAUCCCAUUAAAGCAUCAAGUUGAGUAUGACCAGCUGACGCCAAAACGAUCAAGGAAGUUGAGGGAAGUCAAGCUGGAUCGCUCACACCCUGACGGGCUCGGGCUCAGCGUCAGAGGCGGGUUGGAGUUUAAUUGUGGACUUUAUAUCUCACACAUAAUGAAAGAGGGACAGGCAGAUAAUGCCGGACUUCAGAUCGGUGAUGAAAUCGUACGGAUAAACGGUUACUCCAUAUCUUCCUGCACCCACGAGGAAGUAAUCAACCUCAUCCGGACAAAAAAGAUUGUGUCCAUCAAAGUCAGACAUGUCGGAAUGAUCCCCGUUAAAAGUUUGGCGGAGGAGCCUCUGAAGUGGCAGUUUGCCGAUCAAUUCGUGUCGGAGACAGAAGAUGGAAAAAGCAGCGUUGCGGGUCUGGCGUCGGCUGGAGGGAGAGACGUUAAGGAGAAGAAAGUAUUUCUCAGUCUGGUUGGAACGACAGGCUUAGGAUGCAGUAUUUCCAGUGGACCUUCUCAGAAACCAGGGAUCUUCAUCAGCAAUGUGAAACCCCGCUCCCUCUCUGCUGAAGUCGGAUUAGAGGUGGGGGAUCAGAUCGUGGAAGUGAAUGGAGUGGAUUUCUCAAAUAUAGAUCAUAAAGAGGCAGUGAAAGUCUUAAAAAGCAGUCGAAGUUUGACUUUCACCAUCAUAUCGGGGGCUGGUCGAGAGCUGUUUAUGACCGAAGACGAAAAACUGAUAGAACAGAGACAGCGAGAACUGGAGCGCCAGGAACUUCUGCGGCAGAAAAGGAUGGCGAUGGAGACCAACAAAAUCUUAAAGGAGCAACAAGAGAAAGAAAGACAAAGGAAAGUGGAAAUCUCUCAGAAGGUCGUGGAGGAAGAAGAAAGAUACCGCAAGGAGAUGGAAAAGAUAUCGGCCGAAGAACAAAAAAUAAAGAAAAACUGGGAGGAAGACUGGGGGCAAAAGGAGCAGCCAAAAAGCCCCCCGCCUCAGACGUCCCAACCGCGUCACAGUCCCCCAUCUAAGCACAAAAUUGAUGAAAAACAUCAACUCACAGAGGAGGCUGCAGCUGCUGCUGCCGGAAGUCAGAUCAAGCAGGUCGUCAGAAAUACUUCAAAUGUCAGCAAGAUCUCGUCUUCCUCCGGCUCCGCGUUGCAGUUUGCUCCAAGUCCACCCACCCACCGACGUCCUGUCGCCCCGAUUCCUUCGAAGCCGGUCAUGCUGUCUGCUGAGUCUAAUUUUAUGCUCAGACCAGCGGUGAAGCCGGACCCCCUGCCGCCGGAGAUGUUAAAACGGAUGGUUGUGUACAACACUCCACUUAGCGGAAGCCGAAAACAAGGCUUCCAGAAGUAUGUAGAGGACUUUGACCCGUACACAAUGUUUACUCCCGAACAAAUUGCCGGGAAGGACGUCCGACUACUCAGGAUAAAAAAGGAGGGAUCCUUGGACCUUGCGGUUGAGGGCGGCAUCGAUUCUCCGAUCGGGAAAAUAGUGGUAUCCGCGAUUUAUGACGGUGGGGCGGCUGACAGCCACGGGGGGAUUGUGAAAGGGGAUGAGAUCCUGGCUGUGAACGGAAAGAUAUUAACAGACGUGACCCUCACCGAAGCGCAAGCAACGCUAGCGAAAGCGUGGAACAUCGGAGGGGACUGGAUAGACCUCGUCAUUGCCGUAUCCCCACCCAAACAGUACGAUGACGAAGUGACUCUAUUCUAAUAAAAAGUGGAAAAGAGGAAAACUGAAGAAACGCCAUUGAAAACAGAGGGGUCUGUAGACGGAUGAACACAGCUGUCGCCAACAAUGCAGCUGAACAAAUCAAAUGAAAAGAUAACCCUGUAGUGAUAAGAGAGUCUAGAACGGUUCUAGAGGAAAUCAAGAUAAUCACAGCAAAUAGUACAGAUUGUGAUUGUUUUUUUUUUGAUAUAUAUAUAUAUAUAUUAGUCUGAUCAUAACUUGCAUUCUGCGCAUGUUUACAAUAGUUUAAAAAAGAUGCAAUAGUAUUUAUUUAAAAAAAUACAAAUUAAUGUUAAACAUGAAUGACAGGGGUUUUGCCAUGAAGACUAACUGGUUGUAGUCAAAACUCAGGAUUUCUCAAGCUGGUGAUGUCAGCAGUGAUGUCAUAACCCAAAGGCAUCUCCUGAAAAUGAAUAAAUUCCUUUUUUUUCAAA